AUGUAUUUCUGGGUUAAAAACUGUGCGUUUGUCAAUCCUCCAGUAAAGGAUUCAAUUGAUUCCGGGUAUUCUGGUUACUCGAGUGAAUCUGGAGUCUCUCAGGAAUCGUACAAUGAAGAAGUGGAUCCGAAAAUCAAGUUUUAUUCUACUAUCAUAUUGCUUCUUUUUCUAUCCGUAAUCCCUGUAUAUUUUAUCACUGCUGGAAUUGUAAAACACGCUGAAUGUCCAGCUGAAUCAAAAAUUCCAUUCUGGAUGAACUCUCAAAAAUCCAGAGACCAACUCAAAAAGUCGUCCAGCACUUGCAAUGAUCUUACGGAAAUCUGUGAGGUUAUCCAUUUUUGGAUUAUCAAUCAUUGGAUUCAUUUGGAGUUGUGUCGUUUUGUCAAAAGAAGAGAGCUUUCUCAAUUGCUCAAACUCCGUAAUCUGGCCUAG